CCCCAUGGGGUCUGGCAGUUAAGGAUGCAUGCCCUGCACGGGACAAACGCCACCCUGCCAUUACCCGAAAACCCAGUUAUCUGGGGAAAUUGGUGGCUACUCCGGCCCUCAACUCGCGCUAGUCAACAAGCAUUUAUUAAGCACCUGCUGUGUACCAGUCUCACCUAGCCCUGGGAAUAGAGCAAAAGACAGCCCCUACUUUCCAGGAGCUCACAGUUUAACGGAGGAGAUAAUGUUGCAAACUGUGUACAAACAAGCAAAUAGACAGGAGAAGUUGGACAAGAAACCGCAGAGGGAAGGCACCGGAAUUGAGGGGUUUGUUGCGAAAUGCUGAGAAAAACUCUUAAAGGAAGUGAAAGUAAAGAAUUUAGUGAAGCACAAGACAUACCAUCUUUGGUUCCAUUUGGAGAUGUGGUUGGCUGCCUAGCUGUUCAUAUAAAGAGAUGCAGACAUUUUUCACCCAGGAUCAACUUACAGUAUUACACAAAUUUAUUUAUUCGUAUCACUAUAAACAAGUUCAUGAAAUGUACUAAAGCUCAUUCUGUGAAUUUUAAGAACAAUGAGAAGAAACCUGCAAUUAAGUUUGACGAAGUGAAAUACUUCUCUGUACAGGUUCCAAGACGUCAAGAUGAUGAAAGGAAUAUGAUUUAUUUGGAACUAAUGGAAUUUGAUGAAUUGGAAGCUUACCCUGUACUGUUGGGAAGUUUUAGCUUACAUCUUUAUGAAAUUAUUCAGAAAGGAUGUUUCACAGAGGAAUUUUUUAUGAAGAUUAGAAACCUGGUUGUCUGCAAGGUUGAAGUGGAAUUUAUGUUUUCCUAUGGAAACUUUGGUUAUGGCUUUUCACAUCAGUUAAAACCACUUCAGAAGUUGAUUCAGCCAUCCAUGUUUAUGCAUAUUCCCCCACCUGUAGAAAGAACAGACCCUCUAACAAAUGUUAUGACACCGCAACUAAUAGAAUAUCCAGCAUUCCUGUCACCAGACUUGAAUGUUACUAUUGGGACUCAGCCAAAACCAACCCAAGCAUCAUCUCCCGUACGACUUGAAAAACUUCAGCAACAACCUCGGGACAGGCUUGACAGAAUGAAGAAAGAAUACAGAAAUUUGAAAACAUGGGAAGAAAAAUCUAAUUAUUUAGAUAAAAUUCUUCACAUGAAAACAGAAAAAAAAGAACUUCCCGACUCUCAGGUUUCUGAUAGCCAUGAAGACAUAGUUGCAAAGAGUGAGACUCCACUCCCAUCAAGUUUCCUUCAGCUAUCAGAAUUACCAUUUAAAAAGCAAGAAGAUAAAAUUCUUCAAUUUGAGUUACCUGUCAAAACACUUGAAGUUAAGAAGAGCCUGCCAAGGGUAGAAAUGAAAGCGGAGCCUCCAGAUUCAUCUUUGAAUAUUCAAGAAGAUGCUGAAACAAAAAAUGAAAGCCUUCCUCCUGAGGAAAGUACCCCUUUAUCUCCUGUUUCAUUAAAAGAGAAAGAUAUUGGUGUAGAAGCUAUAGAUGAUCAACUAGUAUUUGAAAACCCUGAACCCAAAGAAGCAUUAGAAAAAGAAAUCACAGAUUCAACUUCACUGGAAGUAAAGCCAAAACAGAGCCAUUCAGGCCCAGAGAGAAUGGACUUAAUUCAAUCAGAAACAAAGUUGAAAAGUUUCAUUUUAAGCCCAGAAAAAAGAAAGAAAAGCACAGAUGAAUCUGGAGUAGAAACAAAAAGGCAAACUUUAAGGCAAGAAAGCAGAAGGAGCUUAGAACUUCUUCGGGAACCAAGAGAAGACGCUGAAGCAGUCACAAAGAUGACUCUUCCUCGACAUGUUUCCUUUAGUUUUUUACGUGAAGCAGUAGAAUUAUCCUCAAGUUCAGAUGUGCUAAAAAAAUAUGAGAUUGAAGCAUAUAUUAGCUUAGAAGAAGAUAAAGACAAGGAUGAGAGAAAGAAAAAGUACAAGUCAGGGGUAGGUGAGAAUGAAACAGAUGAAGAGAAUGAGAUUGUUAUUAGGAAUAUAUAUGCAGAGGACUACCCUUUUAGAGAACCACGUCCUCAAAGCAUGCCACUAUUUGAAGGGUGCCAGAAAACCAUCAUUAGGAAGAGGGGAAAGUUUGAGCCUUUUUUAAGGAAUAUUAUUGAAAUUCCCAUUGAAGAAAAUUAUAAAAGAAUCCAAAAUAUGCCUAUCUGUACCGUUGUUAAAAAGGAUACAUCAAAUGCAGAGAUGAUAGAACAUGAAGAUCAAGACCCUCCUUACGCACCAACUUCAUCAAGCUUAACAGAAAAUUCAGAAAAUUCUUCCUGGGACUCCAAUCCUGACAUCUUUACAAUAAAAUCUUUAGACACUGAAGAGAUGGAAAGAGGACUAUCAAGUCUUUCUUUAGAAAGUUUUGAAAGACAAUCAACCUUUACUAUAGAUAUAGAUUUGGUUGGGAAAGGGCAGGAAAACCUCCUUUCAGAGCUAUCAGAGCUUCAACCAAGUCUAGAAAAAUUAGAAAAAACAAUGGUUCUAAAAUCGAUUUUAAAUGAUGAUUUGAAGGACCUUUCAGAAGAAUUAUUUUCAAAACAAGGAUUCCUUAUGGAGAUUGAGGUAGAAAAGGAAGGCCAGAGUUUGAAGACCUUAGAUGACAACACAUUAGUUAGUUUCAAGACUGAUGUAUUGGAGAAUGCUCAAAAUGAAAUCAAGACUGUGCACAGUGAACAGACUGAGCUUUCUGGAAAGAAAAGUUCAAGUACAAAAUCUUCAAAAAAACCCCUCAAGAUUGUGCAGAAUGAAGAGUUGAGUGAGUUUUCAGGAAAGAAAAGUUCAAGUUCAAAAUCUUUUAAAAAUGACCUCAAGAUUGUACAGAGUGAACAGUUAAAUGAACUUUCAAGAAAGAAAAGUUCAAGUUCAAGAUCUUUUAAAAAUGACAUCAAGAAUGUUCAGGGUGAACAGUUGGGUGAGCUUUCAGGAAAGACAAGUUCAAUUUCACAAUCUUCCCAAAAUGACCUCAAGAUUGUGCAAAGUGAACAGUUGAGUGAGCUUUCAGGAAAGACUAGUUCAGGUUUGAAAUCUUCCAAGAAUGACCUCAAGAUUGUGCAGAGUGAACAGAUUGAGCUUUCAGGAAAGACUAGUUCAGGUUCAAAAUCUUCCAAUAAUGACCUCAAGAUUGUGCAGAGUGAACAGAUUGAGCUUUUAGGAAAGACUAGUUCAGGUUCAAAAUCUUCCAAUAAUGACCUCCAGAUUGUGCAGAGUGAGCAGAUGGGUGAACUUUCAGGAAAGACAAGUGAAAGUUCAAAAUCUUCUUUCAAAAAUGACCUCAAGAUUGUGCAGAGUAAACAGUUGGAUGAACGUUCAGUAAAGACAAAUUCAAGUUCAGAAUCUUUCAAAAAUGACAUCAAUAUUGUGCAGAAUGAGCAGCUGAAUGAGCUUGGAAAGAUGAGUUCAGGUUCAAAAUCUUCAAAAAAUGACCUCAGUAUUGUGCAAGGUGAACAGUUGGGUGAGCUUUCAGGAAAGACAAGUUCAGAUUCAGAAUCUUCAGCAAAUGACCUCAAGGUUGUGCAAAGUGAACAGACAGAAGUUUCAGAAAACACAAAUGCAAGUUCAAAAUCUUCAGAAAAUGUCCUCAAGAUUGUGAAGAAUGAUCAGAGUGAGAUUUCUAGAAAGGAAAGUUUAAGUUCAAAAUCAUUUUCAAAAGAAGUACUAAAGGAUAGUCCAACAGAAAGCCAAAUAGAAUUAACAGAGGAAGUAGAAGUGGAAGAAUGCCAUAUGUCUCAGACAUUUGAUGAGUCCGAGGAACAGUUAAGUAUAGCAGAGGGAGAUUUGUCAAGUGGAAGGAAGCAUAGCUUCAAAAAGAAGCACCCAGAAGAAUAUUGUCAGAGUUCAGAAGAGGUAAUACACAGUAUCUCAGUUUUAAGUGUAGCAGAAAGUUUUGAAAGCCCAGAGGAUGUGUCACUCAUAGAACAAAUUUCCUCUGAGGGACAAAUCACAGAACUGGACUUAGAGAGCAGUGUAUCAAUGCUGGACUUUCCACAAAGUUCACUCACAGUUUGGGAUAACGGUUUAGCUUCAACAAGUCACUUACCACAUGAAAAACAUUCAGGAGUAGAUCUAUCAAAAUCUAAAUCUUAUGUGAGGCACAUAUUUUUACAAGCAUUUCCUUCAGAUUCUUCAGAGUCUGGCGUAGUCAGUGUGAUAGAAUUAGAUAAAGACUAUGAGAAUCCAUGGCUAGAUAAUGAGACCAGUUCUCCUGAAGAAGGACCCGCAAUGAUGGAAGAAGGCUGGAAAUUAUCACUGAAGAGUUCAAAAAACCAGUUCCCACAGGAUAAAGAAGAAGAUUUACCUCAGACAGAUCAAUUAUAUACAGAAAAGAGUUUUGAAGAAAAAGAACUCGAUUCUGGUUUGGAAAAUGCAAGUACUUCUGUCACACAUAAACUUAGUGACUCAGAUAGAACAUGUCUAAAAUCUUUUGAAAAUGAUGUCUUUACUGAUCUUUCCACAGAGAACGUUACUGAAUUAGGCUUACCAUCAGGGGCAGAGGUGGAAAAAGAAAACCAAACCUUUUUUGUUCCAGAAAAUGAAUAUGAGGAAUUAUACCCUAAUUCGACAAUUAGCAUGGAUAAAUCAGAUGAUUUCAAUGCAAAACCUGUUACAAGCCCCAACUACUGCAGUUUUGAAGAGUAUCUAUCAGGAUCAGAAGCAGAACAUCUAAAAGCUAAUUUUAGCAAAUACAUCCAGAAUUUUCUUGUAAAAAGACUUUCAGAAUCAGGACCAUUCCCCAAGGAAGAUUUACCAAAAAUCUUUGAGAGUCUUUAUCUGAUAAAUGAUAAAAAAGAAUUGCCAAUUUCUUUCAAGAUUGAAAUACCUCCAAAAGAGCAAAAUAAUUUCAAAGAUUUUCCAGAAACUUCCCAAAAAAGCAUGCCUUCUGUAAAUAAUUCAAAUUGCUCUUCAUUUGAUGAUAAACAUUUAGAAAUAAGAUUAAGAGCUCUUUUAAGUGAAAUCCUCCACCAAUAUAUACUAAAUAACCAUACAGAAACCAAAUUAAUCAGGGAAAGAGAGUCUGAGAAUAGAUAUCAUAAUUUGCCUCCUUAUAGAACUAAAACUGUCCCACCAUUUUCACAUGAAGUAAGACAUGAUUAUCCAGAGAGGAGUUUUUCUGGAGAGAGUGAACUAAACAAGAGAAGUCCUUUAAGUCAAUCCAUACAAGACCUUCUAUCAGUUAUCUCAGAAAAUGAAAUAUUAAAUCUAAAAUCUGAUUUCAGCCAACAUCUUCAAAGCCUUUUCAUAGAAAGGCUUUCAAACAUGGGACUAAUCACAGAAAAGGAGUUCCAUAAUAUUAAUGAGAGCAUGUCUUCGACUAAUUCCAGUGAUAGACCAUUAAAGUUUUUAAGCUCAGAUCUAAGAGGACUAAACCAGUGUCAGGAAAGGCCUUCCGAAAAGCAAAGUUACAAAGCUUUUCCAAGACAUACGUCACAAGAGGUUACUGAUGAAAGGCUUUCAAAUAUAGAACUAGCCAGAAAGUUGGAAAGGGAAUAUUUUACUUUGCAUAAUAUUAAAAGAAGGUCAUCAUUGGUGAGAGAAGAUGAAAGGCAAUACAUCAGAGAAAGAGUUGGAAAGCAUGGUCUAACAGGAGUAAAAGCUUCAAGAAAAAGUAGCCAAGAGUUCCUAUUUAACAAUUCAUCAGAAAGAAUAACAAAACUAGUGUUAAGAAGGGAACAAAAAGACCACAAUUUAAUGCGAUUGCCACAAGUAGAAAAAAACGGUUUUCAAGAGGAGAUCCAAGACCUACAUGGCUGGUAUAAUAGACCAAAAACAAGCCAUUCAAAAGGUACUUUGAAAAUCAAGCCUCUGGGAAAAAAAGAACAUAUUAACAUAUAUAAAGUGACUGUCAAGGAAAAACCUGAGUCAGUAUUCAUACCAUGUGUCCAGAAUUCUGAAGUCCAACCAGAAAUUAAGGAAUAUUUAUACAAAUCCAAGUUAUCCUCGUCGAGUAAUACUUAUGCGUAUUUAAAUUCUGAUGAUGAGGAAAAAUCCAAUUUGAAAGACCAAUGUUAUGGGAAGUCCAAAGAGACCAACAAAAAGAAGCCCCUGUUAACAGUGACCCAGUUCCACAAAGAGUUACAAGCUGUUCGCGUUAAGGCCAAAGAAACUGCUACUGAAAAAUGUGCAACUACCCCACAAUCUUUUGACCACAGUAGAAUUGUAGACAUUAACAAUUCAAAACCAUCCAUAUUCCCAGAAGUCUUAAAAACAGAAAAUUUAAAGUCUAAACUUCGACGAGAAAGAGAUUAUGUCGAGAAACAAAAACGGCCCCUUUACAGGACAGCUAAGAUCUUAGCAGCCUCCCAGCCGGCCACAAGACUGCUUCUAAGGAAGUCUUCACAAAGGACACUGCUAUUUCCUUGGGCAGGAAAACGAAAUUUACAUGACUCUUCAGAAAAUAAAAAGGAAGAUUUACAUGUGGCCUCAUUUAAGCAUCUCGAAAAAGCAAAAGCAAGAGCAAGGUUUGACUUGGGAAGAAGCCCAGAUAAUAACCAGUGUACAUUUAAAAACCUUGCAAGACCAAAUACUGCUCCAGAGUUUAACAAACGAUUGAAAGAAAGCUUUGGGAAAUUCACAUCCCCACGGGUAGUGUCAGCAGGCUUAUCUCAUGUAAAUGCUGCAAACCCAGGUCUAGAGGAACGUCAUCAGAAAAAAGACCUAAAAGAUCUUGAAAAAUGUUCAGUCAUUUGUGAUAUUCUACAGUUGUUAAACAGUUCAUAUGUGAAACGCAAGUAUGAGGAUGAUUAUUAAGUACAUCAUGAAUCCCCCCACCAAUGAAAUGAGAAUAGGUCAGUCCUCUUAUUUAGCAGCUCACUACAAAAUUUCAUCUUGUUAGAGUCAUUGUUUUCAGUGAAAUACAAAUAAACAUUUAUGAUGCAUAUA